AUGUCUGACAAUUCCGAGCUCGCUCCCGGAAGCUACAAGAUUGAGAGCGCCCAGUGGUCGGGGCAGCUAGUGACCCUAGGAGGUGGUGAUGCCAUCGAAGGCUACGAGAAACUUGUAGGAGGAGUGCAAGUUUGGCAGCUCAGAUACACUGAACACGGUUACGCGACGUUCCAAGGCUCUUCGGCUGACGUGCCGGAUGGAAAUUUCAUUGCUGUCGACUGGAAUUCGUAUACGCUGGUAUACAGUGACAAACCUUCAAAUUUUAUGCUGCGGAGAGAAGGGGAUUAUUUUGUGGUGAAAGUUAACGUACCCGACGCUGUCUUUAGCUGGCAGCUCCCGUCUCCGGAGAAUGGUUCACGUAUGCGUACAGAUCACGCUUGGCAGCACCAACUGGAGCGAAAUGGAAUUUUUUCAAGUGAUGCACUGAACAACGAAGUACCUAAUCUUCUGCGAGAAACCCUUAUCGCGUAA